AUGCAGCAAUUGAAAAUCAUUACCUGGCCCGUUGUCGGAGAUGAUGGAGUUGUAGAAGUAACUGAGACAACAAAUGAUCCUCCAGAAAUCACGGAAAAGCAGAGAAUGAGAGAAAAUCUGAACAUUGUUGAAAUUUUUCUUGAGUUUCCCACUAGUACAGACAGUGUUGAUCACUCAAUAAAUGGCGAGGUCUGUGUUGCUCUGUUUAGCGAGUUCUAG